AAACUUACUGCCUAACAUGACAUACCGCCACUGCUAAUCAGUCCCACAAGGUUCUCUGUGCCGUUCAAACGCGUGCCGAUCCUGUCCAACGCUAUCCAAUCCGAUCCAGGAUCUACAGAAUCCCUGGAUACAGCUCUUGGUGCACACGUGCCAUGGAGGAUUACACAUACGCAUACAUCUCCGAGCCCGUGGAGUUUCGACAGCUGGAGGGCAAGUCAAUAGACUUCCGCAAGACCUUUGAUCUUCGGGGUCAGGGUGGCGACGAAAUGCUCCAGUUGUACCUGCGCAAGGCCAACCUGUCCGACGACCUCGAUCGUCUGCCGGCUAUCGUACGACGUGCCUAUGUCUAUGACAUAAUAAGGAGCAAUAAGGCUCCCGGUUACUGGGUGCCACCUUCUAUGCAAGUGAGCACCGACGUCUUCGCCCAUCCUCCGCCUGCAGUUCGUCCACCUCCUUACUACGCCGAUAACGUGAGCAUAAACGCUAGUCUUGACGGCAUGAAGAGCUCCUCCUCCUCAAACAGCCUUGACAGGUAUGUGGGCGCUCCUCCAUCUGUAGCCCUAGCAGGUCCCAGCUUCGCCACCAGUGUCUUGGUCAGCAACAAGGGUUCCAAGUACGAGAUCAGCGGACCAGUCAACUUCCAGCAUGUUUCAGGCGAUGUGACGCGGGAUCGCACGCGAAACGCUUUCGACCUAAAUGGCGAUUGCAACGAUAACGUGCUCCGGAAGUAUAUGAUAGAGCGGGGCAUCACGGAUGCGGACAUAAGCCAUAUGAAACGCCAGGAUGUGAUCAAAAAGAUUGUUCAUUCCAACUUUACGUGGAUGCCAUCAAAGGGUGAUAUUCAGGCACAGCAAAAGGUCCAGGAAACGGUCAGACCUCUGCUCUAUGCCACUAUUUCCACCAACAACCAGAUUACUCCUCCGCCCUCGCCCCCGCCGCCUACCACGGAUACGGUAUCGAAGGCAACAGCAGCUCCGUUUUCUAACUACGCUUCUCUCACAUCGAGAUUUGUGGAUAUAUCCGAUAUUGAUUUGCCUGCUCCCAUUCAGGCUGCCUCGACUCCUUUUAGACAGCCAGAGAUGGGUACGGUGAUUCCCGUCCAGGUCCAACCGCAGCAGAUGAGCAGACCAAAGGUUCCUCCGCCUCCAUCGGCGGUAAUGGCAAAGAAUACACAUGGUUAUCCGGCGGCCAUUAACGUUCGCCAAGUCCGGCCUGUGGCUCCAACAAAGGUUUCUAACGAAACAUAUGCAACCAUAUCACCGCAACGGAAGGUCGGAUCUAUGCGCAUCCCCCCACCAGCACCUCCAAAGCCAACGGUAGUGCCGAACACCAACUCCAUAGUUUCCAAUGGAUCGCUGUAUGCUGUGUCUCCGGUGCAGUAUGCGCCAGUUGCCAAACCAGAACCAGUUGUCAAGCCAACACCACCUGCUCCUCCAGCAAAGCCGACUUCUAGAAUUUCUGCAGCCUAUGUGACACCGUUGCCAGCGCAUAGUACAAGGUUUACUGCCGCCGGUCCAGCACCAGUGCCUCCACCACCUCCCCAAGCGGCACCUCCACCACCGCCGCCUCCCAUGCCAGUUGCAAGUUCAGGAGGACCACCUCCUCCGCCGCCACCUCCUCCUGGUGGGUUGGCUGGAGUUCCACCGCCGCCUCCAAUGCAGAAAUCCCAGCAAAAGGCUGCUCCAGCUGCUACAUCGGGCGGAGACUCAAGGGAUGCGUUCUUGGAGAGCAUCCGGCAAGGAGUUACACUGAAGAAAGUGGAUCAAAAGGCCGCCACUAUAAGCGGAAUUAAGCCGCGACCGGAACGAAAACCAGUAACCGGGGACUUCCUUAGUGAACUAAAGCUGGGUAUAACUUUAAGGCGGGUCAAGAAUCCAGCAGAUAACCCGUAUUCCGAAGAAUCCGAAUCGCAGGCGUAACGGCUUGGCGGUUAAGCUUUUGUACUUUACAACACUGAACCAAGCGGCGAUGUUGCCAGACUGAGGAAAUCCGCCUUAAUUUAAAAUUUUGCAAAUAUCUUUAAUUUUAACAUUAAUCACCAUGACAAUUAACCAUUAACGUUUGUAAAUAAAAUUGUUAUCGUCAGAUAUGAUAUAGCUUA